AUGGGCCUUAAACCGAUGCCCAGAAGACCUUUGCGGGUGGGUUGUACUGGAGCACCUUUUCCCGAUGUUAUGUCCUUUAGCAACACCCCUAAAGGGGACGGAUUUUUGAACCUUGCCCCUCCGCUCACUUCUUUGGUAGCAGCUAGGAUAGCAUCGGAGGGCAAAACAACGGAUCUAGAGCCUCCCACGUGUCCUUCCCCAGCAUCCCAUGUUCAGGUCCUUAGACGGGUAGUGACCCGACGUUGCAUCAUUAGAGGUUUUGCCCCUUUUGAAAACGCCUUUCGGGAAAGCGCUUACCCGCCCCUUCUUAUGGAAUUGAAUGUUCCUACUUUCAGUUGA